CAGAGGGCGGCUGAGUUACCGCCCCGCUACACCCAUAUGAUAAAGAGUCCUGAUGGACUGACUAACACAUGAGUGUGAGCAGCAUAUUCAGGAAGCAGCAGCCACAGUCAUGGACACUAAUGGACUAAAGAAUUUGAAUAUUGAUCCAGAGAAGCUGUUCACCAAGCUUGAGCGGAUCGGAAAGGGAUCGUUUGGAGAGGUCUUCAAAGGCAUUGACAAUCGCACGCAACAGGUCAUUGCUAUAAAGAUCAUUGACCUGGAGGAGGCUGAAGAUGAAGUGGAGGACAUCCAACAGGAGAUUACAGUCCUCAGCCAGUGUGACAGCCCCUUCAUCACUAAAUACUAUGGCUCUUACCUGAAGGACACAAAACUAUGGAUCAUCAUGGAAUAUUUAGGAGGGGGCUCAGCUCUGGAUUUGCUGGGACCUGGAGCUCUUGAUGAGUCUCAUAUUGCCACCAUCCUUCGAGAGAUCCUGAAGGGUCUGGAUUACCUACAUUCGGAGAAGAAAAUUCACAGAGAUAUUAAAGCUGCUAACGUCCUGUUGUCAGAGCAGGGUGAUGUGAAGCUAGCUGAUUUUGGUGUGGCUGGGCAGCUCACAGACACACAGAUCAAGAGGAACACGUUUGUGGGCACUCCGUUCUGGAUGGCACCAGAGGUCAUUAAACAGUCAGAGUAUGACUCAAAGGCAGAUAUUUGGUCAUUGGGCAUAACUGCAAUUGAGCUGGCAAAAGGAGAGCCACCCCACUCUGAUCUUCACCCCAUGAAGGUGUUAUUUCUCAUCCCUAAGGAAAAUUCACCCACACUGGAAGGAAACUACAAUAAAGCUCUCAAAGAGUUUGUAGAUGCGUGUCUCAAUAAAGACCCCAACUUUAGGCCAACAGCUAAAGAGCUUUUGAAACACAAAUUUAUUCGAUAUGCCAAGAAACCAUCAUACCUGACAGAUCUCAUAGACAAGUACAAGAGAUGGAAAGUCAAACAGGCCCGUGACGAGUCCAGCUCGGAUUCAGACUCAGAUGAUGGUGAAGCAUCUGGAGAGUCUGUGGAUGAUGACUGGAUCUUCAACACUAUCAAUGACAAAGAGCCCAAACCGAAACAAAAUGGAGUCAUAAAUAAAGAAGAACCCAAACGCAAAGAGGUUCCAAAAAAGUCUCCGUCCAAGUGCAUGUCUUCUAUUAUGUCCCCAUUGUUUGCAGAGCUGAAGCAGAAGCGAAGUGUUUAUAAGCCGGCAGUGUUAGAGGAGCUGAAGCAGGCCAUGCUCCUGGCUGAAGAGACGUGUCCCGGGAUCACUGACUCUAUGGUGACGGGGUUGGUUCAGAGGUUAAAGAGGUUUUCGUCUCAUCACUGACUGACUCUGCGUGAAGACUCUUUCUCUGUGGGUGUGACGUUUGACUCACAGUGCACUUCAACACGCACACAGCUGAAUGUUUCUUAAGAAUAAUGUUGUAGCAUAGUGUGUGUAUUACAUGUUGUUAUUAUGCUGGGAUUCUGAUUAAGCCAUUUAUAUUCUCAGGUACUUCCUGUGUGAUGAAUGUGGACUGGAUUUGUUUAUCAACCCUGUAGAAUCAUGUGAUAACUGAAGCUUUCCUUUGUGCUGAUAUUUCCUAUAGAGUGCUGCAGUGAUGACGUAUUUUUGUUGGUCAACCCGUUGUCAGCAUCACCCUGGUUCUCUUGACAAAUACCCAAUAGGUUUUUCCAUUGGCUUUUGGAUUAUUACAGAAAAUAAGCUCUGUGACAAACAAGUUUAUGAUUCUUACACAUUUUGUUCUUGAUCAUCUUCAAAAUGAUUGCAACGCUUAUGAAUUCUGAAGUCUAAAUACAAUCGCAAAGUGCAACCAUAAACUACACCAUGAUCACAACUUCAACAUCACUACAAUUAAGCAUCUGACAACUCUUUCAGUCUUUAUUUAAAAAAAAAAACAUUUCCCCUGAAAGUUUGAGUUAGAAAACACAGUACACGAGGCUGUGAAAGUGGACUAGUGAGUAGAUGAGUUUCCCUGUUCGCCGUGAUGUUUAAUGUCCCCAACAACCUCUGCUGUCCCAUUUAGAUACAUGUUAGCAAACACACUUUACCAGACAAAUAAAAGCUUUAAAAUAAAAAACACAAGGGAAAAAUAUCCUUAGCUUGAAAUCAUAUUGGAAAAAACUCAUAAAACAAACAUCAACUUCAGAACAAUGGAAACUGAAGUGCUAAAACGCUACCUUGAUUGCAGGUUUUGGCCUACAAAAAUAUGUCAUUCUCAUCAGCUCUCUGUUGAAACAGGAUCUUGGUGUGGGUCGGGAUAUAUAAAAUUGUCCUUUUUUAUUUAAAAAUCCAGUUGCCUUUUACAUCACAGCCACAACUCAUGCUACUUGCUAUUGCUAGUGAGAGGCAGGUGAUAUCAGGGGGAGGGGCUUCUCAUUCUAAAGAGCAUUUGAUUGGACUAAACUGGAUAAACCUGAAAUGAGUGGCCAUUUCCAGUGCAAAAUGAAUACUCACUAAUUCCUGGAAGAGAGUGUAAAUAUUUGAUUUUAUUUAUCUGUUAAAAAUAAAACUGUCACCAUAGCCUACUGAAGCACGGAAACAUGAACUAAAAGCUAGAAAUGAUGUUCUUAAGGGGUUUGUCUGUACAUCUGCUUUUUUUUUUUUUUUUUU